AUGGAUCAGAUCAAUGCAAGCAAUGUGUCCAAAGAGAGUUCAAAGAAUCAACCGGAUGCCAUCAAGAGAUGCCUCAGAACGCUCUUCGGAGGAAAUGUCGCUGCUCAAAGGAAGCUGAGCUACAUUUAUUACCAAGGCUUGGGCGUCUCACAGGAUUAUUCGAAAGCCUUUGGAUGGUAUCUCAAGGCAGCCAAGCAAGGAGAUGAUGAUGCUCAGAGUAAUCUAGGCUAUAUGUAUCUUGAGGGUAAAGGGAUUUCACAAGACUAUUCGAAAGCCAUGGACUGGUGCUUCAAGGCAACUGAGCAAGGAAAUGCCGUUGCUCAGAGCAAUCUAGGCCACAUGUACGCUCAAGGCCAAGGGGUUACAUAG